CUAUGUAUUUUUAUUUUGAAGGUGGGAAGAGGAGCGCUACCCUGAAGGAAUUAAAUGGAAGUUCCUAGAGCAUAAAGGUCCUGUAUUUGCUCCACCAUAUGAACCACUGCCUGAAAAUGUCAAGUUUUACUACGAUGGUAAAGUCAUGAAGCUGAGCACCAAAGCAGAAGAAGUUGCCACAUUCUUUGCAAAAAUGCUUGACCAUGAAUACACUACGAAGGAGAUCUUCAGGAAAAACUUUUUUAAGGACUGGAGAAAGGAAAUGACCUCUGAAGAGAAGAGCACAAUCACCAGCCUCAGCAAGUGUGACUUCACCCACAUGAGCCAGUAUUUCAAAGCCCAGACGGAAGCUAGGAAACAGAUGUCCAAGGAGGAGAAACAGAAAAUCAAAGAGGAGAAUGAGCGGCUAUUGAAGGAAUAUGGAUACUGUGUGAUGGACAACCACAAAGAGAGGAUUGCUAACUUUAAGAUUGAACCUCCAGGUCUCUUCCGAGGCCGGGGGAACCAUCCCAAAAUGGGCAUGUUGAAGAGGCGCAUCAUGCCAGAAGACAUCAUCAUUAACUGCAGCAAGGAUUCCAAGGUCCCUCCCCCUCCACCAGGACACAAAUGGAAGGAGGUCCGGCAUGAUAACAAGGUUACCUGGCUAGUGUCAUGGACAGAGAACAUCCAAGGCUCUAUCAAAUACAUAAUGUUGAACCCUAGCUCAAGAAUUAAGGGUGAGAAGGACUGGCAAAAGUACGAGACAGCCCGGAGGUUGAAGAAGUGCGUAGAUAAAAUCCGAAAUCAAUACAGAGAAGACUGGAAAUCCAAAGAGAUGAAAGUACGGCAGAGGGCUGUGGCACUGUACUUCAUUGAUAAACUUGCUCUGAGAGCUGGCAAUGAAAAAGAAGAAGGGGAGACAGCUGACACCGUGGGCUGCUGCUCUCUGAGAGUAGAACACAUCAAGCUGCAUCCUGAGCUGGAUGGCCAGGAAUACGUGGUUGAGUUUGACUUCCUCGGAAAAGACUCCAUCCGAUACUACAACAAAGUCCCUGUUGAGAAGAGGGUUUUUAAGAAUCUUCAGCUGUUCAUGGAGAAUAAGCAGCCUGAGGAUGACCUUUUUGACCGCCUCAAUACCAGUAUCUUAAAUAAACAUCUUCAAGACCUUAUGGAGGGACUGACAGCCAAGGUAUUCCGUACUUACAAUGCCUCCAUCACGCUACAGCAGCAGCUCAAGGAGCUCACUAACCCGGAUGAUAACAUCCCAGCGAAGAUCCUUUCCUACAACCGUGCCAACAGAGCGGUUGCCAUUUUGUGUAACCACCAGAGGGCUCCACCGAAGACCUUUGAGAAGUCCAUGAUGAACCUGCAGAGCAAGAUCGAUGCCAAGAAGGAGCAGUUAGCUGAUGCCAGGAGAGAACUGAAAAGCGCCAAAGCUGAUGCCAAGGUCCGGAGGGAUGAGAAGUCUAAAAAGGCAGUGGAGAGCAAGAAAAAGGCAGUGCAGAGGAUUGAGGAGCAGCUGAUGAAGCUGGAGGUUCAGGCUACAGAUAGGGAGGAGAACAAGCAGAUCGCCUUGAGCACCUCCAAACUCAACUAUCUGGAUCCUAGGAUCUCUGUUGCUUGGUGUAAGAAGUGGGGAAUUCCUAUAGAGAAGAUAUAUAACAAAACCCAGCGAGAGAAAUUUGCCUGGGCUAUCGACAUGGCAGAGGAAGACUAUGAGUUUUAACCUGUUUUUAAUGAGAUGAAUGUUAUGGGAAUAAAAGGGGGAGUAGCCUGGUUUUUAGGAA